GGAAUGGACACAACGUGAGGCGCAGUGAAAGAACAGAACCCUCUCUCAGAAGAAAUCGUGGCAUCCUUGGGGAAGAAGAGAAGGUCCCCCGCCCCACCACGGCUGCUGACGGUGGUUGUUCUGCCAUGAAGAUCAGUGUGACUACUGAAGAACCCAGGCCAGGUGACUGCUGCCUCCCCCACCCCCCUACCAUGCACCGUCACAUCCAGGUGUUCAUCAGCAUUGUCAUCUUCGUCAUUACGUGGGUCUUCAUCCAGCUGGCAGAAGUGGACCAUUCCCUGUUUGGUUUUGGUAGCAGGGAUGACCACAGUAGCAUCUGGACCUACACCAAGUACAAGCAGUGGGCAGAUGGCCAGAAACACUUCCCCCGACCACACCUCACACAGGAGGACAGGGACUACCUGGAGACUAACAGAAAAGAGGGGAAGAAUUUCGACACGGCACAGGAGUGGGAACCCAUCGACCCCGAGGAUGUGUCCAAUCCGAACAGAACGUCGACGGCGCAGUCUGUUGUCACGGAAACGUGGCUGGCAGAGACCGUGGAGGACGCAUCCUCCAAACCCGUCCACUUACUCCACGUCACCAGCGGCGAGCAGACCAAGUUCCAAGUCAUCAAGGAAAAAUCCUCUUACGUUAUGGGUGAAAUCUUACAGGUUGCAAUACAGGCCAGAGACUACAGGGGGCGCCCCAAGCCAUAUGGAGGAGACUCCUUCAGGACCAAGGUUCACACCCCUGAGAAAAAAUCCAGCACCAGUGGGAGGGUGCAGGAUCAUGGGAAUGGCAGCUAUACUGUGGAAUUUCCACUAUGGUGGAGUGGGAAGGUGCAGAUUUCCAUAAUUCUAGAACAUUCAAGUGAAGCCAUAGCCGUCCUUCGCAGAAUACGGGAGGUGCCCGUGAAGAGAAUAUUCUAUGCGCAGUUUGAAGACUAUGAGUACGGAAUGCAGGAGGAUUCCGAGUGCUUUUCACAUCCCUACCCGGCAAAUGUGGAGAAGGACUCGUGGUGCAAUUUCUCAGACGACUACUCUGGUGUGACAUGGUGGUGUAGGAAGCCUGCGUCCCUGCCUUGUGACACCUUCGUGUUCUUUGGCUGUGACAACACCAAAACCAACUCUCUCGUAGAGAGUCUGCUGGCACCAGAGGAGUAUGAGCUCUUCUUCUGGCCAAAUUACAACUUUGCACUGGAGGGCUCAACAACCUACAUCAAUGUUGCAAAGAACUAUGGGUCACAUCCAAGACAAAAACUUCUCCCUCAACUACCUCCCUGUGGUGGAACCUUGUCCCAUGCAGCGCCCUCUCCCAUCUCUCAGGGGUACUACAUGCAUGAUGUGUGGUACUCCAGCGAGUGUCGUGCCAAGCCCAAUGUCUAUCUCUCUAACUUCACAAGAUGUCUGGCCAACAAAAUGCUGUACAUGUAUGGAGAUUCUACCUCGAGACAGUAUUUUACCACCCUCAAAAGUAUAUUUGGCAGUAACAUGUAUGAACAGUUCAGCUCUGCAGACGAGAGGCUUGGUCCACGCAUGGCUGUGGACAAGUCCCACAACUUCCACAUGUACUGGAGGUUCCACAGUUUCCCCAUACAUGGGUCUCACGGAGUCCUUGUGAGGGAUGUGAAGAGUAUAGUCAGGAGUCUGGAUGACCUGAAGUGUGGGCCUGGGUGUGUCGUCCUCAUCAGUGCUGUCUCACAUUUCACUCAGGAAACAAUAGAAACGUACAUCACCAGAUUAAAAGCGAUACGAGCGGCCAUCAGGCGGCUACACGAGAGACAUCCGGGCUCAAAAGUCAUCCUAAAGAGCGUGAACACGCGGGAACACAAGAACCUGUCCAUGCUGUUACAGACCAGCAACUGGUUCGCACACGAGCUGAACAACAUCCUGAGGGAAGUCUUCAGUGGAGAGGAGGUAACGUACCUGGAUGUGUGGGACAUGACAGCUUGCCAUUAUUCCACUGACAACAUCCACCCCACAUUUAAUGUAGUUGUUAAUGAACUGUCCCUACUAUUAUCACAUAUAUGUCCACUAUAGCAGUUAGGGUGUAUAGAUAGAAAGGCCACUGAUAGCUGUGUCAUAGUCUAUUGUAAGUCUUUGUGAUGUUGUUGUAUAGGAAUUUAGGGCUGUUCCAUGACACAAGUGGGGGACAGGACACUUUGAUGAUUCUAGUAUCCCCUGACUCAUAUAUGUUUUGAUAGUUUUUUUUUCUUAAAUAUUAAAUAGUUAGAAGUCCUACACCCAUUUUAAUUGUUCUUGCCCUAUGUUUUUUAUGUGGAAUAUCCCCAAGGUUUUAGAUAUGAGAACAAUGUAUAUACAUGUAUUUGAUGCCAGCUUAAAAGGGUAUUAUUAUUGUAACGUUGGAAAUCAUGGAUCUAGUAACAAAUGUAUCUCUAAGUGAUAUUCUGCAGUGCAAUUUGUG